GCAGCUGCCAAUCUCCCAUCUCUACUCUCCUCCCCGUAUCCUUUCGCUCUUAAACACCCAUCACAAUGUUCAAGAGCGGCCUCGCCCGGACCUUCGGGAGGGCUGCCUAUGCCCGACCGACCCCUGUGGCUCGUCGCGCAUUCGAGCCUCUCCGAUCCAAUGCUCUUCCUGCUCUGAAUGCCAGGUUCGCAAGCACAGAUGCUGGUCUCGUUGGAAAGAUUCACCAAGUUAUCGGUGCCGUCGUGGACGUAAAAUUCGACACCGAUUCUCUUCCUCCCAUUCUCAACGCUCUGGAGACCCAGAACAACGGCCAGAAGCUUGUGCUCGAGGUUGCUCAACAUUUGGGAGAGAAUGUUGUCCGUACAAUUGCUAUGGACGGUACCGAGGGUUUGACCCGUGGUGCUACUGCCCAUGACACUGGCUCGCCCAUCACGAUCCCCGUCGGCCCUGCUACCCUCGGCCGUAUCAUGAACGUCACUGGUGACCCCAUUGACGAGCGUGGCCCCAUCAAGGCUACCAAGUUCGCUCCUAUCCACAAUGAACCGCCAUCCUUCGCCGAACAAUCCACCUCUGCCGAGGUCCUUGUUACUGGUAUCAAGGUUGUCGAUUUGCUUGCCCCCUACGCCCGUGGUGGUAAGAUUGGUCUCUUCGGUGGUGCCGGUGUCGGAAAGACUGUGUUCAUUCAGGAGUUGAUCAACAACAUUGCUAAGGCCCACGGUGGUUACUCUGUGUUCACUGGUGUCGGAGAGCGUACUCGUGAGGGUAACGAUCUGUACCACGAAAUGCAGGAAACUGGUGUCAUCAAGCUUGACGGUGAAUCUAAGGUCGCCCUUGUCUUCGGUCAGAUGAACGAACCGCCCGGUGCUCGUGCCCGUGUUGCCCUUACUGGUUUGACUAUUGCUGAGUACUUCCGUGAUGAGGAAGGACAGGACGUGCUGCUCUUCAUUGACAACAUUUUCCGUUUCACUCAGGCCGGUUCUGAGGUGUCUGCUCUUUUGGGUCGUAUCCCUUCUGCCGUGGGUUACCAACCCACCCUCGCCGUCGAUAUGGGCAUUAUGCAGGAACGUAUUACCACUACCACCAAGGGUUCUAUUACCUCCGUCCAGGCCGUCUAUGUGCCCGCUGAUGAUUUGACUGACCCUGCUCCUGCCACCACCUUCGCUCACUUGGAUGCCACCACUGUCUUGUCUCGUGGUAUCUCUGAGUUGGGUAUCUACCCUGCUGUCGACCCUCUUGACUCCAAGUCUCGUAUGUUGGACCCCCGUGUCGUCGGUGAAGACCACUACGCCACCGCCUCUCGCGUCCAACAGAUGCUUCAGGAGUACAAGUCCCUCCAGGAUAUCAUUGCCAUUCUGGGUAUGGAUGAAUUGUCUGAAGCCGACAAGCUCACCGUCGAGCGUGCUCGUAAGCUUCAGCGAUUCUUGAGCCAGCCUUUCACCGUUGCCCAGGUUUUCACUGGUAUCGAGGGUAAGCUCGUCGACCUCAAGGACACCAUCCGCAGCUUCAAGGCUAUCAUCAACGGUGAAGGUGACGACCUUCCCGAGAACGCUUUCUACAUGGUUGGUGACUUUGAGUCUGCCCGUGCCAAGGGUGAGAAGAUCUUGGCCGAACUCAGCUCGUAAAUCAUGUAAUAUCUGUCACUGCUCCUUUUCUUUUGUCAUUUGCAUUUGUCUCCGCUUUCUUUUAGCGCGUGUGUAUAUUACCCGUAUAAAAGAAACAGGAUUUGAGAAACUUUUUACCAGGAGAGGAGCUGUGAUAAAAGCUUAUGAAAUACCAUCGGUUGUAAAAAUAGAUUACUUCUAGCCUGGUUCUACCUAGCUAGACAAUGCAUUUCCUUUGUUAUAGCCCAAACUUUUGUCAAUAUUAAGAUGGUUUUCUAAAUCUCCUGAUUUCUGUUAGAUACCUCUAUCACAGGUGUUGUGAUACAUACCUUGAUGUCUAUGAGCACAGAGUCUCAUUAAUUCUAGAUCUAUAUCGGCUCCCAAGUCGCAUGGGAGUCGGCCAAUCCACACUCGCAGUAAAUGUUGAUAGCCAAGAAUAACAAGUAACCUGGGAUCAGUAAUUGUA